UGCAAUUGAUUAUUUUUUUGUCGCAGUACCGCUUCACACUAAAACACUCGUGUAGUUACAAUAUAUGACCAGCAGGGUCGCCGUUCUCGUUUCACUUCCAGUCAACGUUGGUCAUAAGAAAACACUGCGCAGUCGCGUGCGAGUGGGACGACGGACAACUGGAUUAUAGCCCGUUAAUCUUUAGGGAAGAGACUCGGAGACUCCGUCGGUUUGUUUCGAUCUCCGCCGGCGGCCGCCUGGGCGAACAUGGAGGCGGUGUCCGGCGCGGCGGCGCCGAGAGUGGUGGGCGCGAGCCGCGGCGUGGAGCGCGCGCUGGAAGAGGCGGUAGGCUCGGGCUCGCUCAACCUCAGCGCGAGGAAGCUGAAGGAAUUCCCGAGCGCGGCCGCGCACUACGACCUCAGCGACACGGUGCACGCAGACCUUUCAAAGAAUCGUUUAACGGAAGUUCCUUCUGAGGUCGCGCGUCUUGUUUCAUUAGAAACGCUGAACCUUUAUCACAACUGCAUCAAAAGCAUUCCUGACUCCAUCAUCAGCCUGCAGUCGCUCACCUCAUUAAAUAUCAGUCGCAACCAGCUGUCAGUGCUGCCGGUGUGUGUGUGUGGUCUUCCUUUGCGAGUCCUCAAUGCCAGCAACAACAAACUCAACGCUCUGCCGGAAAGCAUUGGCCAGCUCACCCAUCUAAUGGAAUUGGAUGUGAGCUGUAAUGAGGUCACAGCUCUCCCGCGCCACAUCGGAUGCCUCAAGUCUCUCAGAGAGCUCAAUGUCCGCAGGAACCUUCUGUGUGUUCUACCUGAAGAUUUGGCAGAUCUACCUCUGGUGAAGUUUGAUUUCUCCUGCAAUAAAGUUUCAACGAUUCCCAUCUGCUACCGCAAAAUGACUCAGCUACAAUCAUUACAUCUAGAAAACAACCCACUUCAGAGCCCUCCAGCACAGAUUUGUAUAAAGGGAAAGGUUCACAUAUUUAAGUACCUUACCAUGGAGGCGUGUCGGAGUGACAAGCUGGCCGACGCCCUCUACUUGCCUGUUAUGGACCACCUCAGCCUAUCACGUCCCACCACUGGCAGUACGGAGGACAUUGAUCAGCAUAGGAAACUCGACAGCGACUCGGGGGUGGGAAGCGAUAAUGGUGACAAACGUCUUUCUGCCACAGAGCCAUCUGAUGAGGACAGUCUGAGUCUAAAUGUCCCAAUGUCAAAUAUCACAGAAGAGGAAGGAAUAUGUAAAGAUGACUCCAUCGAGCAUCUCAGUUCCCUGACAGACCAGAGCCCCUCAGACUCAGGACAGUUUGGCUACAGAGAUUCUACCUACACUUCUCGGUUCGUCAACUACAUCAAGGGUCGAGGUGUUGACUUUGACGAACCCCUCAGAAUUGAGGAAGACAGUAACUGGGCAGCAGAGCAAUCGCCAAAGAUUAACCUGAUCAGCCCACUGAAAGAAGCAGUGGAGCUGUUGCAGAAUCCAAACAGAGUGAACAUGAGCUCAGCUGAUUUGGCUGGAAUUAAACUCUACCCAGUGGAAAUGGUAACAGUGGACGAAUCACUUAAUGGUCAGGAGAGUGAAGACGGACAGACAACGCCUAAGGAUGGUCCGGAUGAAGGCUGGGAGUUCCAGAGGAAGAGGCAGUAUAUACUCAAACGGGCACGGCUGGAGGCGCAGCUUGCGUGCCAGCAGUAUACCUUCUAUGUGGCUCAAAAGGGUGAGAUGAUUAGUGAGGAGAAGACAGAUGAUGGUCAAGCAAUGGAAGAGAAUAGUGAAGUCCAGAGUCCAGUGCUUUCACCACCAUUUGGCUUGAAGCCCCGAUCAGCUCCACCCCUUGUCCAUUGCUUGCCUUUGUCCGUCAGUAGAGACACACCCAAUAGGCCACCUAACGGAUGCAUUCUUCACAGUGUUUACCUGAGAACCCCUAAGAGUCUGGAGUCAGUGGAUCCUCAAUUCACCAUGAGGAGGAAGAUGGAACAGCUUAGAGAGGAGCUGGAACUCAUGGAGCAGCUACGAGAGUGCAUUGAGAGCAGACUGAAGGUUGUGCUUCCUGAAGAUCUUGGCUCCUCGCUCAUGGACGGGGUGGUGCUCUGUCAUCUAGCCAAUCACGUUAGACCGCGCUCGGUCGUGAGCAUCCAUGUUCCAUCUCCAGCAGUACCAAAGCUCAGUAUGGCUAAAUGCCGCCGGAAUGUCGAGAACUUCCUGGACGCUUGCAGGAAGAUUGGUGUUCCUGAGGACAAACUGUGUCUCCCUCAUCACAUUCUGGAGGAAAAGGGACUCGUGAAAGUGGGGAUCACUGUUCAGGCUCUGCUGGACGAGGCCUUGGUGAAACAAAACCUCUUCAUGUGAACCUUAAUCUCAUUACUUUCUCCACCUAUCAUAUACACACACUUGUUUACCUGGCGACUUUUAUUAGUCUUAGAAUCCAAACAUGAACAAAUGGAUAAAACAUUCCUUAUUUAAUACCUAUUUAUUAAGAAAUAGUAGACUUUUUAAUGCUCUUGGUCCAAUAAAUUUGUACUCAGUUUUAAAUAAUUGUUUUUUUUUAUCCUACAUAUCAUUUCCAAACUAAGCCUUUUGGCUUAUUGUAUUUAACGCUUGUGUAUAUGGAUCAUAUGGAGUGUAUUUACAAUCCUAACACAGGUUUCAAACUUAACACCUUAAUCUGAAUGCUUCAUCUUAAUAGUGACUUCAUCAGUACACUCCUGUGUGAAAUAAGAUAAUGUUGUUACAUAACUGAACCAAACUGAAAAAAGACCUCUGGGAUGUGUCUGUAUGUCUUUGUAAUAUUGGAACUACUAUUAGCCCUUUGCUCUUGUUGAAUAUAUGAGUAAAGAAGGCUGUGGAAUUUUUUUAAAUUAUUAAAUCUUUUGUUAAACAAACACAAAUAUCUCAUGGAUAUAAGAAAUUGAAUAACACAAUUUUAUAUAAAAGAAAUCAUUGUUUAAUAUAUUUCGCCAUUUUUGGCACCCCUGUGAAUUCAUGCGAGUAAAAUAUAUUUGAUGUUUUUUUCCCCCACUGAUGUUUAUAUAUAUUUCUUUCAUACAUUUCUGUAAUUUGGAACAGGAACUUGAUCAACCACAACUUCUUGUUUAUCAGGAGUAUAAACAUGAGGUAAAAACAGAUUCCCAAUGAUCACAAUGGUUAGAUCAUCCAGCAGUAAUCCAGAACAUACAUUAAAAUCAACACAAAGAUGGUUUACCUACCAGCAGAUGUAGGUCCUGCUUUGCCCAUCUCUUUCCUCUGACUUUAACUCUAUUGAAAACCUGUGGAGUGAACUAAAGGGGAGAGUCCUCCAAUGUGGACUUUUGAAGGAUCUGGAGAUUUUGUAUUGAGCAAUGGUCUCAGAUCCCCUACUAUCUACUCUUCAAAAUCAUCAGGCAUUGUAGAACAUUCAGAGCUGUUAUCUCCACCACACACACACAUAUAUAUAUAUAUAUAUAUAUAUAUAUAUAUAUAUAUAUAUAUAUAUAUAUAUAUAUAUAUAAAACAAAGAUUUUUUUUGUGUUGUGUUUGCAAUUGUUUGAUAUUCAUGAGUAUUUUUGGGAAUGAUUUAAAUAAAACUUCAAAAGGUUAAAAAGCACCGUGUGUAUAUAAAAAAAAAACUUGAUCCCAAACACGUUUCCAAACAAAUAUGUAUUAAUAAAAUUGAUCAAAACAAUAUUCCCCCGCCAAAACAAUGGCCGCCUUUAAACCUUUGUCAGGUUGUAUUUGUGAGCAUUAAGGACUAGCGGUGAUAUAUUCAAUUCAUCCCAGUGAUUCAAAAGUUUUGAUGCUUUUCACCAAAAUGAUCAGUUCAGCGACUUUUCCUAUAUAAUACAUUACUGCAGGCUAGUUUUGGAAGAGUGAACAUGCAUGCUAUAAACAAUUUUUUUUACCUUUGUGUAUGAUUUUUGAUGCUAUGAUAAUCUUUUAAAAAUAGUUGUCAUUUUUGCACUUUUAUGUAUAGCGGCUAAUGCUGUGCAAUGCCACGUUACAUUAGUCGACGUGGUGUUUAUUGUGUAACGUCAUCAAUCAUUACAUAAUCAGAAAUUCGGAUUUUCCAAAGUGCUAAAUAUGUUGAACCAGUAAUUCUCACAGCCGAACUGAAUAAACGUCUCGCUCAGUAAUUUCGUUCAUAAAAUAGUUCCUUCGGUUUGUAUUAAACAACAUGACCCGGUUUGUGCAGAAUCAGCACAAAGUCUCGUACAGUAAUAGGCAUGCUUAUUUCAUAGCUUUACAUGGGCAGGACUGAAGUGAGCGAAAAUUAUCAAUCGGUAUAUGUACGUAAACGAAAAAUCAUUCGCUUAAAUAAUUCGUUCGAUCACAUUCAUUAAUAAACAAACAUGAGGACAUGAACGGCUCAUUAAUGUUGUACACAAACACAGCUUUUGGGUGUCUCAGGGCAGGUGUGAGCUCAGUAGACUACAAAAUAUAUGACUAUUUGUCUUUUUUCUGCUUGAGUCAAUCACAUUUUUAAGUAUUUGUGCAAUGUUGAAUAAUUAUUAACUGACAACUAAAUUAUUUAUAAAUCUAAAAUGUUGAUUGGGGUGAAACAGAGUAACAUAUACAGCAAACUAGAUUGUGUACGUUUGGGAUAUGUGCACAUCUGUUCCUGUGAGAGUGGGAAUCAUUUAGAAUGUUGGUGGGCAUGUGGGCUCUGUCUUUCUUUCUGUGUCCGAUGAAUAAUACUAUGUAAAGCUUCUAAAGCAUCUAGUUAAACACAAAUUAACGCACUAAUGUGAACGUUUCUUGAUUGCUUUAAAUGUCAUAUGCUAAGAUUUUACUAGCAGGCUACUAGCAUCAUCUCUGCUGCUGCAUUUCAGGCUUAUUUUUUUUUCCCCCCCAAAUGAUAAUCAUAUAUACAUUUAAUAUGAGGUCUAAUAUUUAAGGAUAAAAACACAAUUAUGAGGGUUGUUUACUUUUUUUAAUUAGAAAUCAGUUGCAGGGAGGAACAAAAGUCGUGUAGGGAAAUUUGAGAUAACAUGCACCAUAGGACUUGAGCCAAUCAUUUGUAUUAUUAUUUUUUCAGUGUAUGAUGUACAUGAUUUGCAUUUAACUACAAAUGAAAACUCAAAAUGAUACACGAGUAUAAACCUAUAUAUUUGUAUUUCCUUGUACCAAAAAAGAAACCCUUGAGUUUUCAUAAUCAAUUGAGCAACAGAUUAUAAAGUAUAUUUUUGUGUUGUGAAUAUUGUUUGAAUCCUAUGUUUGCAUAUUAAUAUUACUUUAAAAGCCUUCCAUCACAAACUACUGUGUAUACCGCAAAACCACAAGUAAUUAUUGGUUAUUACCAAUUUAUUAUAAUACAUUUUAGAAUUGAUCAUUACCCAACGUUACUAACUAAUCAGUAUUUUUGUUAGGUGAAAUGUCAUCUAAUAAUCAUUACAGAUUAGACUAUAUGCAAGCAUUGCACUAUUACUAAUAUUGUUGUGGGAUUUUGCACAAAUACACUGAGUAAAGUAUUAGUGAAAAUAUAGCUAUAAAAAGCCUCUCAAUCACUUUACUACUUCUGGAAUAAGCGAUGGCACUUGUACAUAUUUACAGGUUGUGUGCACAAUUACGAAAUAUCCUUUUCCCCUACCAAAAAUAUUACUUGUACAAAAACCUUACAGAGAGUAGAAAGCAGAGAAAUUGUAAGCUAACUACGAGUAAAAAUUUUAUUUGCCCUUUUUUUAUUGAUACAUUUUGGUGUAUCAGCCAUGGUUGAAUUGCUUGGAAAUGUAUUUUGCAAAUGCUUAAACAAUUGUGCAAUUGUUUAUUUUGUUGUUUUUUUUACACAAGAUUUUAGAACUAGCUUAAAAGAAUCAUAGAUUUGAACUAAGUGUGAUUUAUUGUUAUGCACUGAUUUGUUGAUUAGAGAGAAAUGAGUAUGAUGUAAAACACUACAUUCACUAAAUUCAAUCUGAUACCUUUAUUAAUUUAUAAUUAGAAUAGUGGAUUUUAUUAAGGGAGAUUUCUGUUUCCUGGUGAAUGAAAGUGCCUAUAGAUUUCUAUUUUUAAUCUCAAAACUUUAUUGUUUAAAAAAAUACAAAUAAAAAAAAGUUGGGUUUUUUUGUUUUGUUUUUUAAACAAUGUUGGUCAUCGAUUUUUGCCCCCAAAUUGUAGCAGAAAUCAGCCUUUGUAUAUAAUGUGUAUAUUCACCUGCUUUUUUCAGUAAAUAAAUUUGACCUUUGAUGAA